AUGGCCGAGCUUCCCCCCUCGCGCAUAGUCUACCACCGCGUCUACGCCGACCCACCCACCCGCUCCGAGCUGGCUCCAUCACAGCUGACCGACGACGGGCUCCCGCAGCUGCCGCCUCCGCCACCAUCCAAGAAGCAAAAAGAAACCGCCAAACGCAAGCCGCUGCCAAAACUCACGACGCAGCGCCUCGCGCCCGUUUCCGUUUCCGCCGGCGGCAGCUUCGAUGGGCCGUCCUCCCCGCUCCUCGCCGCAGCCCUCCCCCCGCCAAAAAAGAAGCGUCUACGAAUAACCUGCAUCUCAGACACACACAACCACACGCCUUACCUACCACCAGGCGACGUGCUGAUCCACGCGGGGGACCUAACGAGCCAGGGGACGUAUUCAGAGCUGUCGAACGCACUCUCCUGGCUUCAGCGGCAACCCCACGAAGUGAAGCUUCUCGUGGCAGGUAACCACGACGGCGUCUCUCUCGAUCCAGAGUACACCCACACAUCCACACUCACACCAGCGCAAUCGCACGCCGCAAACCUCGCGCUGUUCUCGACGCCCGCCGCGGCCCGCGCAGGGAUCAUCUACCUCCGCCACGAAGCGCGCACGAUCACGCUGCGCGACGGCCGGCGCUUCCGCGUGUUCGCAUCGCCGCUCUCGCCCUCGCCCCCGCCGCCGCCGGGAAGCAAAGCCUGGGGUUUCACCUACCCCCCCUCCACCAACCCCUGGCUGUCCAUCCCCGCAGACACAGACGUGCUGAUCACACACACGCCGCCGAAAUACCACCUGGACCGCUCACCGUCCAGCCUCCCGCCGCAGCCGCACGCCGGCUGCCCGCACCUCCGCGAGCGCCUGUCGCAGGUGCGCCCGGUACUGCACGUCUUCGGCCACGUCCACGUCGGCCGCGGCGUCGAAAAGGUGCUGUGGGAUGACGCCGCGGCGCCGCGGGUGCGCCACAAGGAGGCGCGCGUGGUCGAGAUCCAAGAUCCGCACCCGCUGCGGAUAAAGAGGCAGUUCCUCGUCGAUACGAUCCGUGUGAGAGAUCAUGUGGUUGUGCGCGGCAGGGAGACGCUGCUGGUUAAUGCUGCUAUUGCCACCGGACCGUGGAGUAGAGACACCGGACAUCCCGGCUGGGGGAAGGCGGUUGUGGUGGAUGUUGAGGUGGAGUGUGGGGAUGCGGCUACGGCUGCGGCUGCUGGUGCUCAGGAUGGGUUUGGACAGGAGGGGAGGGUGCGGCUUAGGGGCGUUGGGGAGGGGUGGAGUGCCGUUGAUGUUGUGCAGUGACUUGUCUUGUCCGGACGGGUGAGAUGGUGUGUAUGAGUAGAAUCAUUAUCGUGACACCAAUGGACAGAUGUGGAUGGAAAGUAUUUACAUUACAUACAACAGGUGAAAAGUAAAUCCCAUCGCCGUUCCUAAUAAAACGAUAAAGAAAAAGAAAAAGAAAAAGAAUCUGCAUCACCCAUCCCAUCCCAUCCCAUAGCUGUCCCC